AUAUAUAUACAUAUACAUGUAUAUAUAUAGUGAGCGUAUCAUCUCUCUCUCUCUCUCUCUCUCUCUCUCUCUCUCUCUCUCUCUCUCUCUCUCUUUCUCUCUCUUAUUCACAUGUUGGCUAAUUAUAGCAAUAAAUGUUUUCUCCUUCGCAUACAUCAAACCUCUCCUCAUUUUCGUAUUGUCAAUUUGUAUUUUUAAUUGUUCUCUCUUUCUCUCUCUCUCUCUAUCUCUCUCUCUCUCUUUCUCUUUCUCUCUCUUUCACGUUUCAAGUCAAUCGUCAUAUUAAUUAUACCGAAUCAUUUAAAGACUCGAAAUCUAUUUUAUCGGUGACACUUGUUUACUCUAUUCGUCGAGGUUCAACGAAAGAAGCACGUGAUCCUAUCAAGAUACGAAGAGGAUCAAGGUCGAGGAUGACUUGAAGAACUUAUGCGCGGUCGUGAUGGAGGAUUCUAAGGAUUUCGAUUGCGAGGAAGAGAAGCCAUUGGUCGCUAGAAGACGAAGAAGUUCAUCUUUGCGUGACAUGAACAGGCACACGUGUUCGAGGUGUUCGAAAAGCUACAUACACGCAUGGCAUCUUAAAAGGCAUACCAAAUUUGAAUGUGGACAGGAACCGAAAAUACAAUGUCCUUAUUGUGCUGCUAGGAUGAAACAACGUGGACACGUUUAUAGACAUAUUAGACAGUGUCAUCGUGGACAAAGCGUUUACGUUAUCGAUUUGAAUUGAUUUUUCAAAGGUCAACCAAUUGAUAUCAGAAAUUAUCAUCAUCGACGAUUGUCUCCUGUUAUCGUGCUACUUUAUCGUACUCUACUCUAUAUGUAAUCCAAUUCGGACAAUUUAUUUAUAGAAUUCUUCUUCCAAAUGAGAAAAAAAAAAGAAGAAGAAGAGAAGAAAAAAAAAGAGAAAAGGAACUCGAACGAUAUUUUUGUCAUUGAUAAUGCGGAUCAACAAAAAAGAGAGAGAGAGAGAGAGAGAGAGAGAGAGAGAGAGAGGGAGAGAGAGAGAGAGAAGAAAACAGAAAGAAAGAAAAAAG